AUGGAUAACCCUGAAGAAUGGGAAAUCAUUGAACCAAUAUCUCGAAAUUCAAAAUGUUCAGUGAAUUCUGUCCUUGUCAAUGGUGAUAAAUUCAUCUCCAAACAAUAUUUUAAAACUCCAUUGAAAAGAGAAUGUCUUAAAUUGAAAAAACUUAAAGGUCUUGAACUCAAAGAAGUUGAUAUAAUCAGGAAAGAAUAUAACUUGAUGAAAAAAAUACAAAACUCCAGAACAAUCGAUGUUUUUUCCCUUGUGGAUUAUGGUACUUCAAUUUAUUUAUUAUUAGAAUAUGGUGGAGAUCCAUUAGGUACUGAUAACAUACAAGACACUCGUCGUUAUGCAAUUCAAGAUGUCUUAAUAUGGAUGGUCCAAUUAACUCAAGGUUUGAAAAUCAUGCAUGACCAGGGUAUAAUCCAUGGAGAUUUUAAACCAUCAAAUGUAUUAUUAUUACCCAAUGGAAGGGAUAUUAAAAUAUGUGAUUUUGGUUCAUCAAUUGAAAAUGUUGAUGAUACAAGGCCAAUUGAUAAGAUACCCAAGUGUACACCGGCUUAUUAUUCACCUGAAUUAUGUGAACAUUCAUUAAAUCCUAAAUCCAUGGGGAUCAUGGGUAAACCAUUAGAUGUUUGGGCCCUAGGUGUUACGAUUUAUAAAUUACUUUUUGGAGUUAUACCAUUUAAUUGUUCAGGUACUAUAUUCCAAUUACAAUAUUCAAUAAUAAAUGAUCUUAUUGAAAUUCCAAAUGAAGUAUUAGAUCAAAAUGAUUUAUUUAUUUCAAUUCCUAAAAAUUUUAUUAAAAUAUUAUUAGCAUUAUUAGAUAAAGAUCCAAAUCAAAGAAUGACAAUUCAAGAAUUAGAAAAAAGUCUAGAAGGUGUAUAA